ACAUGGCAAAAAUUAAAAAGCCACACAUUAGACAGUAUAACAAAAAAUAAGUAUAUCAGAGGAAGUGGUGAGGCAAACACUCCAGAAAGCAUUUCCCUUGUUCAACUUAACUGGAAGACAGUGAUCUAAACCUGGAAACACUUGUGGAAAAAUUGUUGGAAGUAGGUUCUUGGCACUCUCAAAUGGCAGAUGAUAACUACCACACAGUGGCUUCUUCAAACAUGAACCAACCAACCUCAAGUGAAUCAAGUGCAAUAUUCAUGGAUCAAAGUAACAUGUAUCCCUUGAAUGACUCUCCAAUGCUGGACUACACUGCUCUUUGGGACAUAAUGAUGCCACAAGAAUCAGCAACCAAUGAAACCAAUGAUGCUACCAUCAGCUCAGCACCAGGUAGGAAAUUUGUAGUUUAUCAGGAGGUGAUCUUUGUAUCAGAAAAACAUAGUUUGGUCCUAUAUACAUCAAUGAAAUUGACAAUUUUCUUUCCCAUAUCUUUUUUUUUUAUUUGGUGGCUUUGUCAACCUUGA